AUGCUAUCUGGACUAGGACUACUUCUUGCGUUGAGUGCGCAGAAUGUCUUGGGAAUUGGACAUUCUGCGUGGAAGCUGAGGCAUAUGGACCAAUUAGUCACGUUUGGAAAUAGUUAUACAGACGAGUCGAGGCUCCUGUAUUUUGUUCUGAAUCAGGAGGCUCCUCCCAUUGGGUGGAUAGCGCCAGAGAACGACGUUACCUCCAGCGGUGGCCGCAUUUGGGCUCGUUAUGUGAGCGAUUACACAGGUGCAGAGCUCUACAACUACGCGGUCAGUGGCGCAACGUGCUCUAACUGCAUCACGCCACGGUACUUCGGCCUCAUCAAUGGCAUCUUCCCUUCCAUUGACCAAUACGAAAUCCCUACUUUUCUUGCCGAUGCGAACUAUCGAGAUCCGCAAACAGGGCAACCAGUCUUAACUCUCACCCGGAGUAAUACUGUAUAUGCCAUUUGGAUUGGCACAAAUGACCUAGGCAACGGGGCGUUCAUAGACGAUGCGCAAGUGGCUGGCAAGACACUCCUGGAUUACGUCGAGUGCAUUUUCCGUUCAAUUGAACGGCUCUAUGACUAUGGUGCCCGGUACUUUGUACUCAUGAAUGUGCCGCCAUUGAAUUUGUUGCCACUGUAUGCUUUGCCGGAGAUGGGUGGGGUGGAGACAUCCACGUUCUGGCCGGAUAAGCCAGCGAAUAGUACUGAAGUUUCAUGUCGGAUGAGACAAACUGUUGUGGCUGUGAAUGAGAUUAUAAGGCUGAAGAUGGAGGGUUCGAUGCGGCAUCGGUAUAAGGGGGCGAGUGUUGCUCUCUUUGAUACUCAUUCAUUGCUUACGAAUAUCUAUGAUCACCCAGCCCAAUACUUCAAUGGAACCGAACCGCCCAACGUGCAGUCCUGGGUGAAGCAAUGUGAUGCCCAAGGACAGAAUUGCAUAGAACAGCCCAGCCGAGACUCUUAUAUGUGGUAUGAUGCCAUACAUCCCUCAGAGCAAACGGAUAGAAUCAUUGCGCAGCACUUUGUCCAGGUUGUUGAAGGGUUGAGCCCAUAUGCCCAUUACUUUGAGUGA